UCAGUUUUGGUACAUAUGUGUUAAUACUGCUGGGCACACUAUUGUCGAUGGUUGUGCCACUCUGCUUCUGUUUGAAUUGUGUGUCACCCUCCGGGAAACCUGUAGACUGGUUUAUAAUUUACAAGGUUCCUGUAGCUAAGGGGGAAAUGCCAAUUAAGACAACGGGAGAAGAGUUUUAUUAUCUGGACGCUCUCAAUCCUGUCUUUUCCUAUAUAAGAGACAGUAUACAGAAGAAGCAAAAUAAUCCUUUAUUUAAUACUCUUCAGCAAAUAUACGACGGAUGGAUAAAUGAAACUCCAAAGACUGAGGACUCGGGUUGUGAUGGUGCUUAUGCCUUUGAUGAGAAGGAUGGAUUUUGGUUGAUUUCAAGUGUACCAAGGUUUCCAGCUCCACGGACACAAGGCUACAAUUACGGACAAGGGCAGCUCUUAUAUGCACAGAGCGUCUUAUGUGUAACCUUAGACAAGAAGUAUCUUACAGAAAUGGGUAAUACACACACAGGCACACCCUCACAUACGCAAAAAAUAUUUAAUCUAACAAAACCUAUGAUUUAUGAUAACAAUGGCCCUUUGACUGAGAAUAAGGAAAUAGAUUACAGCAAUAUACCGGUAUCGGAAACUUCCACAGUCGUUCCUUUCACGUCAAAGGGAGAACAAAAGUUUCUGUUGUUUGCGAAAUCAGUUGGCUUUAGAAAAGACCUGUAUGAUUCUCUUGUUGCCGAGAAACUGGAAGACAAUCUCUUUGUAGAGACUUGGCGACCAAAUCUACCAUCUAACUGUUUAACGCAUUACAAAGUUUACAAUGUAAAAAGAGUAGAGUUUGUGCAUGAUAAACACGUGUACUGGUUUAAAUCAACAAGAGAUCAUGCAAAGUGGGCAAUAGCAGAGAACAAACCAUGGACUUGUAUUGGUGAUAUCAACAGAAAUCAUUCUCAGCUAAAAAGAGGAGGAGGAACAAUGUGUUUAUAUCAUGAAGGUGUAUCCAACCAGUUUAGAAAACUUGUGAAAGAUUUUGACAAAUGUAAAAGGAAAGGAACCGUCCUUUGGAAUUCAUAAUAAUCAUUUUCA